GCCUCAGCGUGUCUGGCUGAAGUUUCCGCGGCCUCGGUGUCGCGCCGGCGGGAGGUGCUCCCGGCGGGUCAGGGCCCGCCCGCGGCCCUCGCGCUCCUGUAGGCGUUGAUGCUUCUUCAGCCAGUGCUGUCACCGGGAGCUGGGGGACAGGCGGGACCCCAAGAAGCGUAGAAACUACAGAACACUGGACAGCACUUUCUUAGGCUGUUUGGGUGCCGUGAUUGAGGAAUUUAAGAAAUCUCCCGCGCUCUUGCAUGCUCCGACAGAGAGAGCCUGAUAAUCUGAAUACUGAAAGGGACAGAGUAGAAUGGGCUGAUAUAGAUCCAGUGCCGCAGAACGAUGGCCCCAAUCCAGUUGUCCAGAUCAUUUAUAGUGAAAAAUUUAGAGAUGUUUAUGAUUAUUUCCGGGCUGUUCUGCAGCGUGACGAAAGAAGCGAACGAGCUUUUAAACUAACCAGAGAUGCUAUUGAAUUAAAUGCAGCCAAUUACACAGUGUGGCAUUUUCGAAGAGUUCUCUUAAAGUCACUUCAAAAGGAUCUACAUGAGGAAAUGAACUAUAUCACUGCAAUAAUAGAAGAACAGCCCAAAAACUACCAAGUUUGGCAUCAUAGGCGAGUCUUAGUGGAAUGGCUGAAAGAUCCAUCUCAGGAGCUUGAGUUUGUUGCUGAUAUUCUUAAUCAGGAUGCAAAGAAUUAUCAUGCCUGGCAACAUCGACAGUGGGUUAUUCAGGAAUUUAAACUUUGGGAUAAUGAGCUGCAGUAUGUAGACCAACUUCUUAAAGAGGACGUGAGAAAUAACUCUGUCUGGAACCAAAGAUACUUCGUAAUUUCUAAUACCACUGGCUACAAUGAUUGUGCUAUAUUGGAGAGAGAAGUCCAGUACACUCUGGAAAUGAUCAAACUAGUACCACAUAAUGAAAGUGCAUGGAACUAUUUGAAAGGGAUUUUGCAGGAUCGUGGUCUUUCCAAAUAUCCCAAUCUGUUAAACCAAUUACUUGAUUUACAACCAAGUCACAGUUCUCCCUACCUAAUUGCCUUUCUUGUGGAUAUCUAUGAAGAUAUGCUCGAAAACCAGUGUGACAACAAGGAAGACGUUCUUAAUAAGGCAUUAGAGUUAUGUGAAAUCCUAGCUAAAGAAAAGGACACUAUAAGAAAGGAAUAUUGGAGAUAUAUCGGAAGAUCCCUUCAAAGCAAACACAGCACAGAAAGUGACCCACCAACCAAUGUACAGCAAUAACACCAUCUAGAAUAACUUGAUGGAGUGCUUUUAUUUUUUUAAGAGACUCUAAUGCAAGAGUUUAAAACUAGAGCAAUCAUUCCCUUUGCCUGUGGUGUAAAAGGUACAUUGCACAGGUUAUUGCUUUUUAACUAGAAUUAAGUACGAUGCUCCUUGGGUGCUGCUGCUAUUCAGACUAGUUCUACUGUUUUAAAGCAAAGUAAUUCGGGGGGAGGACGAAGAAACAGAAAAUCCCAUAAAAGAAGUUUUGUAGUCUGAUCAACAUUUACUCUAACCCCUUAGCAUCAGCUCCUCCCUAAACGGUAUCUGCAUCAGGACUUGCAGCAUUAAUGAUUGCAGGUAACUUGUACGUAAUGGAUAUGAGGUAACUUAAGUUUCGGUUCAGGAAGCAGGGAAUGCAAUUGUUACACUAGAGCUGCUAUGCCACACUCACAGUAUCUCGCUAUCACUGUAACCGACUAAUGCCAAAAGAAUGGUUUUGUAAUAAAAUUACAGAUGUAUCCUAAAACAAUGCCAUAGUAGUUUUUUUUUAAUAUCAUUUAACUAUGUACAGGGACAUUUUUCUCGGCUUAAGCCAUUGAGGAAGAAAAUAUUACUAUAAAACUAUAGAAACCAGAAACAUGAAUAUGUUAAAGAAAAUGUCACUAAAAUUUGAAUUGGUCAGUUCUUAACUAUAUGUAACAAAAUUUACUAGAGGUAGUUUAAGGUAUGUAGAUAGCUCACAGAAUAAUUGCCUAACCUUUCAGAAAUAUUAGGUUGGUGCAAAAAUAAUUGGGGUUUAAAAGGUUAAAAAUAAUUGCAAAAACCGCAGUUACUUUUGCACCAGCCUAAUACAUCUCAAAGCUACACUACUACAGAACUGGACCAUCACGUUGUUGUUGCCUGUGCUGGGAUCAGGAAACUGCUGAAUGAGGCUACCAGCUCCACGACUGUCUGCCUCUGCCACAUUUCAUGGGAGCUCAUCUGCUUCCCUUCUCAUGUAGUGCAGCUCCAAAUUAAAGGCUCACUUUAGUUCAUCUCAUUGGAAAGAACCUAAAUGACAUCUAAAACUCUUUAAUUGCCAAGGAAUCUGGGAAAUGUAGUUUAUAGCUUUCCAUCCUCUGCAUUUCAGGAAGACAGGAAGGAUUUAAGUGUUAAACAAGCUACUUUUCUAUCUACACGUGAUUAAAUCUCACUUUAUCAAUAAAGAAUUUUUCUUCAAUGUUCAAAGCACCAAACUACAACUAAAGGAAUUAUAUAGAGUAGAAUAGUCAUCUCAAGAAUUCAGAAAAUAACAAUAUUUUAAUUCAAAUUUCCUGGAGAAAAUAGGGGGUAUGUAUUAUUAACAUUUUCCAUGUUAGGUUUUUUGUUUUUAGACUCCAAAAAUCUCUGAUUUUAUAUUUGAAAUUUCCAUAAAAUAUCAUCCCUAUGAAAUAGAUGAAGACUAUUUCGUAAGUAUUGUAAAGAACAAAAAUAAUAUGGAGAAAUUUUCAUAAGAUAGCAUUUACUCUCAGAAACUGUUUCAUCACUGUGCCAAAAUUGAUUGGAUUCAGGGCUGCUGAAUCUCAACAAAGCUCACAGAGACUGUUUAAUAAAAAGCCUAAUGGCAGUUUACUAAUUGACCUUGAGAAAUGUAACCCAAGCAGACCAAACAGUUAACAUCAGCCUAGCCACUUGGCAUUUUUUGCCUGAAGUUUAACAAGGUGGCAAUUCAUUUAUCAAAAGGUUGCUUAGUGAGCAUGGAAUCAGGUGAGGAGGCUCCAUGGUUUAAAUGUAUAAUGAUUUCAGACUCUGAUACUCCUAAUGAGGGCCACCUCCUUAUGGGCAACUGGAUACAUAGACCCAGCAGUGCCCCUCUUUCAUUGGACCUACAGUUAAAAUGUGGUCUUUGAAGGGGUCUUCUAGUUCAAAAUUAUUUGCCUAAUAGCAGUAUCACUGUGUUGCUGUUUGUAUAGUUGGUGCAAAAGCAAUGGUGGGUAAAACUGCUGGUGCCUUAGCACUAACCAAGGCAGUGUUACGUAGUAGUCGUAUUCUUCACUGCCACGCAUUCACUGAAGAAUGUCUUUGAUGAAUCAGUAAUCAUAUUCACAAUACUUGAUCUGUCUUUUCAAUAUUUUGUGUGACUGAAUGGAAGUAUGUAUAAAGCAUAUCUUUGUGGUUGUCUUGAAGAAAAGCAUUUGUGUAAUGUGUAAGUUGUGGGCUGAACAGGCUGCUUUUCAUCAAGUGCCAUUUACUCGAACGAACAACUAAUAAACUAGUUAUUCAUA